UCUGCACGUGCCUAUAAAUGCGAAGGGGCAAAUGAAUUCAGUGUCACUGGGAGCAGCUCUUUAAGGGGAAGCAGUGAUAAUUCAAAGGUGGAAUUGAAAGAGCUGUAAAUCUAUUUCCUGACUCUGGCUUGACGGUCAUUCGUGAAACACCGGACUGUUGCUAUCAAAGUGUGGAGCAGGGAGACAGAGUCAGCGGAGUUCCCUGCUUGAGCCAAAUCCACAGUUAUUGGAUGGGAUCAGCAUGAGCAGAAUUAUGGAUGGAUUUAUGCCAUUCUGUUGAGAUAUUUAUACACUCAUUUUUUGGGUUGCUCAGCUCUACCGGUCCUCAGCAGAUGUGUCCUGUCAUGUCCUGGCUGCUCUGCCUGUGCCUCUGGGUCAGUGUGACUGCCAUCCAGCUGUGUCAGGCCACUUUCUACGACACCAUCCAACAGCAUCCUGGGACAAGGCCUGGGCGGACCACAAUUCAUAUGAUUGAAGGGGGCACAUGUGAGGUAAUUGCUGCUCACAGAUGCUGUAAUAAGAAUCGUAUUGAGGAGCGGUCACAGACGGUCAAGUGUUCCUGUCUGCCGGGGAAGGUAGCUGGAACCACUAGAAACAGGCCUUCAUGUGUUGAUGCAUCCAUAGUAAUUGGGAAGUGGUGGUGUGAGAUGGAGCCUUGCCUGGAGGGGGAGGAAUGUAAGACGCUCCCUGACAACUCAGGCUGGAUGUGUUAUGCGGGGAACAAGAUCAAAACCACAAGGAACACUCAGCCAUACACAACAUCAACAUAUUAGCAUUUUGCGGAAGGGAUGCAAGUAAAGACCUCGGGUGCAGAGGAUAAUUUGCAGCGCUGUCGUAGGACCAAUUAACGCAAGAGACAAUGAACCUAUUGUUGCUUGAAGAAAUGCAGACACUUCUCAAAUUAAAGUGUAAAAAGAUGUAGAAUACAUAAAGCACAUUCUGCUCAAGGCUCCUGAAAAUACCGAUGCUCCAAGCUGCCUGCAGGAAACUUCAUCAUAACCUUGUAAUGAAUACAUUUUCCCCAUUUUUUUUCCAACUCUGAGACAGAACGAGACUGUCUGUGCAUUUGGAUUAAUAUCUGGAGAGAAUCUGACGUCCCUCCGUAGACAUCAGUAAGACAGAUGUGUACUACGAAGCACCAAACAGGAGAGGAAUAUAUCAAAGGACAUGGGAUGAGCAAGUGCAGAAGCUGACAGCCCUCAGGAUUUUCUUUACUCCUUUUAAUAUUAGAGGAAAAACAUUGUACAUAAUUUGUUUGUCCUUCAUUGUGUACAUGAACUAUUUAUGGUGGUGGUGAAUUUUCCCCCCUUCUAACCCACAAAAGAGCCAAAGUCUGAUGAGUUCACGUAUAAUAUGUUAGGAUGAAACAAAUGCAUUAUGAAGAAGAUGUUUUACAAAUACUGCUUGUGUGUCUUG